ACAUGGUCACUUUUGAUCAUCGGAAGUUUGUAUUUCCAAUGAGCAUUCGAACGCAACAUAAUUCUUGCGCCUUGCUUCGCAGUGAGCGCCCCCUAUCUCUCGACACUGGUCUUCCCCAUGGAGGAGAGGAGGAGGCUAGAGAGGAAGAUGCUGUCAUCCUCUCGUUAAGUGAACGACCGUGAUCAUGGGCUCGUUUUGAAACCUUCUUGCACGGCUAACCCAGUUAUCUUUGCGCUCUGUUUGAGUCGUUCAGGACGGCGAUGAUGAUGGCGUCCCGAUGCACAGAGCAAGCCGUGCAGGAGUUCCUGUCGGAGAGAGGAGGGAGGGUCCAACAGAUGGAGCUGAUCGAUCAUUUCCUAUCGCUGAACGACCAGUCGAAGGAAGGUGUGGAUCGUGAGGUGUUGAAAAACAUCGUUGACAGCGUGGGUUUCGUGAAGGUGGAAAACGGCGUGAAAUUUGUGUGUUUGAAUAGUGAAGGCAGUGAGGAGUCGGUGAUGCGUACGGACGCAGUCAGCCACGAUGGUGCGGAGUGCAAUGGCAACAUCCAAGAGACGCUGGACAACAACUGUGUCAACGGCAAUCAUAAGGGGGGCGAAGCAGGGGUCAGUUCUCCACUGGAUAAUGACAAACAGUCUAAUGGCAAUAAGCAACCUUCAACGCCAUCCCAGAGCAAGACUAGCACAGGGAUUCCUACACCAGGUGUAGGGGGAGAGGUGAAGCUGAGAGACAGAAGGAGGCGAGAGUCAGCCCCAGUUCUUGGCAUGCCAGACCUAGACCAGGCCCACCCUGGAGGGUCUCAUAACCAGCAGAUAAGAGGGGCACGCAGGGUGUCCAGGGGGUCACAACGGGCCAUGCUGACCAGCUGCCUGUCUGAAGACAGUGCACUGGAAGGACUAGAGCCUAUAGGAGACAUCCAAACACCCAAAGGAAGCCGCAGGAACUUUAUAGAGCUGAUGAUGAGUAGCUCUCCUCAGGUACGGAGGUCUCUGCUCAACCGUGGCUCACGCCUCCGAGACUCAGUUAAGAGCGAAGGCGACUCAGCAUCACUCCUCUCCUCCACCACUGACGAGGACUGUGCCUCAGUAACCCUGGACCCUCUAGAGCACGAGUGGAUGCUGUGCACCUCAGACGGCCUGUGGGACAGCCUGCAGCCCCUGCUCGCUGUCGAACCCAGCCUGGUGACCAAGAGAGACUUUGUGACCGGCUUUACCUGCCUCCACUGGGCAGCUAAGCAGGGCAAAGCCGAGCUGCUGUCUCAGCUGCUGGCCUUUGCCAAAGAGAACACGAUACCUGUGAAUGUGAAUGUGAGAUCAAGUGCUGGCUACACACCGCUACACCUGGCUGCCAUGCAUGGACACACCCAGGUGGUUCGUGUGUUGCUGUCAGACUGGGAUGCAGACCCAGAAGCUCGAGAUUACAGUGGGAGGCGAGCCAUCCAGUAUCUACCCCCACCUCUGGCCGCUGACCUGCUGCAAGAAGGAGUGGUCACCUCGCCGGGAGCUGAAUCGGACAGCGAGAAUAAUAACAGCAGCGGCGGUGGAGGCCGGGGCUGGAGAUUUACCAAAGUCCUCCAGGGGAAUCUGAACCCACUCCGCUUGCUGAAUUCACCAACAGAGGCAGCAGAAGAAGGAACAGGGAACGGGAAGAGUAAAGGUGGGAUGCAGAGGAAGACGUCCUUGAGCCGACUGAAUGCCCGGCUGCACCGAGGACGACACAGAGCCCAGAUCAUCCACAGCGCCUCCUUCAGGGACACAGGAGAGGUGGGAAGAGGAGAGGAGCCACACAGUAGUCCUCUUCGAACGAGACCGCUGUCCAACCUGUUUGGAUAAAUCUACAAAACUCUAAACCAGCAAUAUAGAGCUGUAAACCAGUUCCACGUGUUUUGAUUUGUAGCAUAGAUACCUUUUUAUUAUCUGACAGGUCAGAUAUUUUAGUUACGAAACAUAAUUAGUGCAGAUCCUAACAUAUUUUACAAGAAUAACCACAAAUUUAUGUUUUCUAAAAAUCUAGUUUAUUUUUGUUCCUGUUGCAGUUAUUGUUGGUCACUGAGGGAACGGUAUAACCACUUGGAAUUUUAUUUGCCUUGGCUGACUGAAUUAUUUCAAACUUGAUUUUUUUUUUUUUUCUCCUCUAUUGAAUUUGGACAGCAAGCAUCACACUAGGGGGUCUUAGUUUAAUAUGUUGCGUUGCAAUUAUCAUACAAAAGCAGCAAGCAGUAUUGUAAUGAGUUUUCACUUUGAAGCACUUUGGUUUGUUUCCUCAUCAUUUCUGUUUGCAGAGUAAUAUAUUUACACACUUUUGGUCUGUAAUUAGACGGUGCUGAAUUUUUUGGAACAUUCCUGUAACGUGAACAAAUAUUUUAUUUUUUAAAGUUGCAGAUUUUAAUAUUCAGACAGUUGUAACCACAGAGUUUUUUUAUAUCAAUCAACAGUGUACAGUCACCAUGUUUGCACUUGUCACUUUUAGAAAUGGUAGGAGGAGAAUUCAUUUCGGUCCCAGAUCAUACAUGUAUUUUAAAAUGAUAGGCUUAACAUCAAAAGGGGAUCAGGUUGCUGCCAAUGUAGAUGCACAGUCAACCGAAUAUCUUAAAGUACAAAAGGGGGGGCUUGGUGAGUUAUUUCUCUACCAUUCAUUUUGUUUAUUUAAAGGUGGAACCAAAAAGAAAGCAAGAGGAUUGGGUAAGAGUUAGGUUCACUAAUGGGAACAAAUCAUUUUCAAUUAGUUAUAUAAAAACACAGAUUAGUUACACACCGUUGAACAAUGUGGAAGCACAGGGACCACAAACUUUAUAUCCAUUUUUCUACUAACGAUGAUGUACCUCAAUUUUCUGAAAGUGGUUAACUUGUUUUCUGCUUUCUAUGUGUGCGUGCAAAUGUUCUGAGGCUAAUAUUGAGACAUUGGUCUCGGAAUGUCAAUUGUGGCGUUUUACUGACAUUUAAUUUCUAUAAUGUGACACAGAUCCACCGUUUCGUGCAGAAUUUGUGCAGGGAAAUGCAUACACGAGGUUAUAGUUCAACCACAGCCACGGAGAUCUGGGAGAAACAACUGCAUCAUAUGAAAGCGAGACAGGGUCAGUAUUGUCCCAGUAUAUUAGUCUGGCCUUGUAUGUACACUGUCAUGUCAUCAUUAAUCACCAGCUCCCUUUUCUGUAAGGACUCUAGACCAGAUAUUUAGUGAUUUCUCAAAUGGUUUCCCAAAUAUGUGAACCUUACUUCCUCCUAGAUUUCAUGAAUGUUUCUUUAGUAUUUUGUAGCAUUCGUACAUUUAUUAUAGGGCUCUGUGUCAUUGUAUGUUUGACACUUUUGAUGUAGAAAUUUUGCCAUUUUCUCAACCGCAUGAGUAGAGGAAAUGGAAAUGCUGCACACUGUUAAUUUUUAUGUCUGUAAAAAGAAAACGUGUCUUCAUUGUAAAAUGCUGUGAAGUGAUUAUGUGGUGUGAAAUCACUGUUUAUGAGCCACUUUCAUCUUUGUAUUAAUGUCUUAUCCAUAAAUGUGAAAUAAAGCUGGUUUUAUUUGCAUUAAA